CCUUCCCGCCACAGGCUGCCGCGGCAACUCAACCCACACACACAGACACAGGCACACACUGACACGCAGGCAGCAGCGGCAGCGGAACUAAGCAUGUGGUCGGGAGCGGCAGCCGCGGUGGCGGCGCGCAGCGUCUCCCCGCCGCUGCACGCGCCGACGUCCCUCACCGGGCGGCGCGGCGCGGGACGGCCGUCGACGGUGUCGGUGCGCGCUGGCGGCGGGCUGAUGGACUUCGUGGGCGGGGACCUGGUGAAGCCGGACCUGGGGCGGUGGCUGGACGACGUGGAGAAGCACAAGGCGCUGGCCAUCUACCCGCCGCACGAGGGCGGCUACGAGGGCCGCUACCUCAACCGCCUCCGCUACCAGGGCUACUACUUCCUCGACCUCUCCGCGCGCGGCCUCGGCGACCCCGAGUCCACCCUCACCAAGAUCCACCCCGUCUGCCCGCCUAGCCUCGGGAGGCAGCCGGUGGCGAGGUGGUACUUCCCGCCGGAGGUGGACUACAGGCUCAGCCUGCUGCACCCGGACGCCAAAGGGCUCAUCGUCUGGGUCUACGAGGCCAAGGUUCUGUCCAAGGCCGAGCUGCAGUUCCUGGCCAUGCUCCCCGACCUCCGCCCCAAAGUCAGGGUGAUCGCGGAAUGCGGCAACUGGAGAAAAUUCAUCUGGAAACCGCUGAAGCAAAUAUCGGGCCUCGAGCCUGACCCGGACGCCGAGGAAUGAGGAGCCACCGUCCGGCCGGCAGCUGCCUCGUCUCAUCUCUCGCCUUACACUCCAUUUUCAGCUUCUUCUUUUUUGUGUACUACUAAAGGAGGACAAUGAUGUACAUACGUAUACAUUUGACAUCUGGGCUCAGUUAAUUCCACAAGACAAUCAUCAA